CUAGCGGCCACUUUGGCGACGAAUUGCAAUUUCACUGGCAGACACGCUACCGGUAAAUCCGCCGAGGCCUUGCCGCCGGUAGUAUAUGCGCGACCUUAGUGUGUUCACCCCAGUUCACGGCAAAAUCGAGAACGCCGCCGUCCAGACUCUUAAGACAGUUACUUACCGCCGUACAUGCCGCCGUCGUUUCUAUGUUCCCCUCCCGGCCGCCGAACGCGUAUCGGUAACGAGUUGGUUACUUCUGACAGGCCAGACUGAACUACCUCGAGCACGCCCACGCCCUUAUAUAUAAUUUUACUGUACCUUAGUCCUCGGGUACCCAUGUUUCUAGGAUAGGACUGCAAUGUUACCUGCUUAGGAGUACAAGCCCCACGGUUGGUAGCGGAGGGGGAUACAAUGG